UGUUGCCGGUGAUACAGUACAGACAGACAGACAGACAAACAGACUGACAGAUACAAGUCAUUCUCUUCCUGCUGCUUCAAUGCACAGCGGCGACACCAGUGUAUUUUAAACAACCAGUGCAGGCGACAGAGUAAGGGAGUUGCCUACUUGCAGAGGUCAGGCAGGCAGGCAGGCAGAGGGGAAGCCAGUGGAUGUUUUUAAGAGUUUGCUUAUCUGACACUGACAACAGGAUGAGAAGCUAGGGAGCAGACAGGGGAGGAAAACAUGGAGAGAGCAGCAUUACCUACAGCACAUUUACAUAGUAGACAUAGACAGAGACAGACACUGGUUACCUUGAGACAGGUGAAAAAAGAGGAGAGGUAAAUAGUCCACUUUGUCAAUUCUGUCCAAAGGAGCGGGAGCGAGAGCCGAGGGAUCGUAACACUGGAGCUCAAGGAUAAACCAUGGACUCUGCAUACAUCCCACCACACCUGGACGUCCACCAUGUUCCCUGCUAACCUCCUGCUCCUCAUGGUCCUGCUGCUACCUCAAGCCUCGUCUGGUCGCCAGGGUGGAGACACCAGCAAGAUCGACCAUGGCAGGGUGUCCCCUGUGCCUUCCACCGUGCCGCCCCCUCCAGCAGGCUCCCUCCUCUUGGAGCCCAGUCUGGCUCAGACCAUUCAGAAUCUCCUCCUGAGCCGGCUGGGCCUCGAGUCACAGCCCGACCCUCGGCCUGGCGUGCUGGUGCCCGGGUACCUCCUGGAUCUUUACCGAUUCCACCAGCAGCAGUACCAUCUAGUGGAGGACCCGUCGUUCAGCUUCCCCAGCCAGCACAUCCAGCAGGCUAACACCGUACGCAGCUUUCACCACAAUGAGCCCCUUGGAGACAGUCCCAUAGCAGAGGAUCGUAAGAAGGUGCACAUCUCCUUCAAUGUUUCAUCCAUCCCUCAGGAUGAGAGGGUGCUCUCCGCUGAGCUUCGGCUGCUCCGCAGUAGCAGAGCCUCUGUGGGUCCUGGGGCCCACAGAUUAAAUCUAUACCUCACUGAGCACCAUGAGGACCCUAAGCCCACCCUGCUGGAGACAAGGUUACUCACCACUGGGCUCCACAGUCAUAAAGCAAGUGGUUUCUGGGAGGCUUUUAGUCUAAGUGCAGAGCUCCUCCAUAAGGCCCUUGCUGGGACUGGCAGUUUGGGCUUCUUCCUUGAGGUCAGACCUGAGAACAUCACCACCUCGCUCCCUGACGAGAGCUUCUCCUCUGCUGCAGCAGAGGAGGAGGCAGAAAAACACAAACACGGACACUUAAGGGUAUGCAGGUCCGUGGGUCAGGACGAGCACAGCUGGGCCAAGGAAAGACCCCUUUUGGUGACUUAUAGUCAUGACGGGCGUGGAGAGCCCUUAGUCAAACAUGGCAGGAGGACCCCCAGUGGAAGCCAGAGGAGAGGGACAAAAGGGACAAAAGACAGGGCCAGGAGCAGCAGCAAAGGCCGCAAUAGAGACCAAGCCUCGGGGAGGGCCAAAAAAACGGGGUAUACCGUGCCAGGCUGGGGCAGUGAUAAAGGAGGGGUCAGUUGGAGUGACCGUGGAAGGGUGAAAAGAAAUGGUGGUCGUGCAGCGAAACUGAAACGCCUUUCCCGUAACAGAUGUCGCCGUCAUCCUCUGUAUGUAGAUUUCAACGAUGUGGGCUGGCACAAGUGGAUCAUUGCACCCAGCGGCUAUGACGCCUUCUUCUGCCUGGGAGAGUGUCGCUUUCCUCUGGCCGACCACAUGAACUCCUCCAGCCACGCUAUGGUGCAAACUCUGGUGAACUCUGUGAAUGGAGCAGUGCCCCGGGCCUGCUGCGUCCCCACCUCCCUUAGCCCCAUCGCCCUGCUCUACCUGGACCCUCAAGACCGAGUGGUGCUGAAGAAUUACCAAGACAUGGUGGUGGAGGGCUGCGGCUGCCGAUAGUGGGCUGGAGAACUCGCCCAGAGAAAGCAAGACGUGGAUGGUGGAACAGCGAGGGAAUAGGAGAAAGACAGAAGCAUGAAAAGACAGAUGGUGGGAAGAAGAGACUGCAGACUGUUUGCAGUUUGCUAACUGCAAACAGACCUAGAGACUGAUAGAGACAAAUGUGUGUGACAGUGUAAGAAGUAUGAGUGGAGAGGAAGGAGAUAAGGGAAUGGAUAUAGCUACUAAUUCUUAAUUAUUAGGAGCAAGAAAAAGGGUCAGACAUAGAAAGAGAAAGAAAAAGAGUGAGAGAAACAGACAUCAUCUGCCACACAGGAGAAUAAAUGGUUGUACAAGGCAGAGGAAGCAGAAAUAUGAUCAACACAGAUAAACUGCCAGGAAUUACUUUUCACUUUUUCCCAUUUAGCGAUGAUGCAGCUGUUUACACCAUCAACCGACAGGCUACUUGUUCUCUCACGAAAAGCCAGCGCUUUAACAUCAGAUGGCGUCUAUUCUAUAUCCCAGUGUUUGCCACUCAUCUCACGCUCACACGACUGUCUGACUAGCACAUGCACAUGUGUUUAGCAGCCUAAAUGGUGGGAAGUCAUGUAGACACCAUUUAAGCUCUGGAGCAAAAUCCUGUAACUUCCUGAUGGACUUCCUGAUGAUCAACAGCAUUAGCAAUAUGACGAUGGCACUAGCACGACAUCUAAACUUUGUGUGACAGUGUUGUUUCUGCAGUAUUUCAACCAAGAAGUAGGGUGCAUCUGUUUUUAUGAACGUUAUUAUAAUGACAGAUGCUGCCCUUGCAAGCACCCUUACAUCACAAGCUAUUUAAAACCACAACAAUAAUGCUGAGGAACUAUUAUGCUAUUGUUUGAAUGUACUACUAUCAAUAUUAUUUAAAAAGACUUUUCUUUGUACAUUUCUUUUGCAGACGUGAAGAAAAUCCAAGUGAUGGUUGUCUUGUGAUAUUACAUAAUGCCACUGAAUGGCGAUUCUAACUUAAAAGACACGUUAUGUAUUUAAAUAUCUGCAAUAUGGUGUAUUUAAUCUUGAAAAUAUUUAAGAUACCCGCACUCAACAGAGCAUACAGCAAACUGAAAACCUGCCGUCCACAUGAAGUAAGUCAUGGUAGCUUUACAUCUGUACAAAUGUUUAAUGUAUUGAAGUAAGUGUUACGUCAACUUUCCAACCUUAUCAUUGCACACAUUUUGGUGUCCCACACAUGAUAGCAGACAUAAGUGGUGUUGCCUUUAAAAGCUCAACUAACAAGUCAAUUGAAAGCUCUGUGUAUUGUAGCUACUGAAGUGUGUAACAACAGGUGUCUUUGCUAGUUGUGUCUGCAUGUGUCAAGAAAAUAAAGGAGGACUGACAUUAAAACUGGGACAUUAGUGCCUUUCAAACAGGGGCUUUAAAGUGUUCUCUGCUGAGCUUAGUAAUUGUUUUUCAGUGUUGCAUUUUUCCCUCUAAAUGGAAACAUUUAAGCAACAGCUUGUAAAAUGUUUGACAAUAUACCUCUAAUAAACAAU